AUGUCGCCCAUCAUGCCUUCGGUCGUCAAAUUCAAUAUUCCGGCGUCUGCGCGCUCGUUUCACCCCUUUUCGAGGCUGCCCCCCGAGAUUCGCUCCCAGAUUUGGGAGCACGCGAUCCUCGAUCCCGGCAUGCAUUUCCUCCGUCUCAAGACUGCUGCUCGCGUCGCGCACAUACCCUCACCGCUUAUGACCAUCCCUGUCGACGACGAUGACGAUGGGGAACGGUCUGACCCUCUUCUUGACUUCAGCCGAGAAUCACUCCCCUCGGCGCUCUGGCCCGCCACCCUGGAGCCCCGAUACCCGACACCUCAAGCCAAUCUUUCCAACUACGUUACCCUCAACCGUACCCUCUCCAAGUUGUCGGUCACCUGUUUCGAGGCCGCGACGGUCGUUCGACGUCUGAUCAACCAGCCUGGGAGUGUCAAGUUGAGCGGCGGUCGGGUUGUGUCGCUGGCCUCGUCGUCCGACGUGGUGUGCCUGGAGUACCUGUCCGCCGACAACUUCCGCAGCUGGUGUCGUAUGUCGUUGGACAUUGAAUGCCAAGAACUUGCCAACAUACGCCAUGUGGCCAUACCAUACUGCCACGGCUGGGAGGCCGCGGGCACCGCCUUUCGCUGCAGCCACUGUGGCAGCCAGCAUGGCUCGCGUGUGAGGAAAGUCUACCCCGUCCACCUAUACGAGUUCCUUGCACGUCACCUGCCGAAUCUCGAGACCUUUUACUUUAUCGACUAUCUAAUCGUAAAGAAAUCUCUUGGGGCCAACUCGACGGAGGAAGCCCUUCAAGAAGCCGACCCAAUAGUGACCGAUGUCCCGACCCCGGCUCCAGAACACCGGGCUGAGAAGUCCGACAAGCGCAAAAAGGAGGACGCCCUUGAUGGGAACCCGUCACCAGACAAGGCGGUCGAUCCGGCCAAGGCCUCCAAUCCUGGCACCGUCAUCGGAAUCCUUGAAGCAAACCAGGCCAGCCCGGACAAUAAGACCAGACGCUUGGGCAAGACUUUCCGGAGCGAAGGCAGGAUCUUUCGAGAACUUGAAGAGGAUGAGUGGAAUGUCAAAUCUAGUGUUGUCGACACCCUGUCCUGGAUUCAGAAGAGAUUCAUGAUAUACGCCACCGGCAGCAAGCUCAGCAAACACGCGCAUCCCGACAAGGUCAAGUUCAAGGUGUUGGCCUGCGAAUGGAUCAACAGGGACUCGGAGAUACUCCCGAGACUGAAAAGGGCAGCCCCCAUGAUUAGGAAGCAUGUCAACAAGAGAUUGCGACCCUUGCCGGAAAGAUCGUCACCAAGGAGACUACUGUCGGCCAAGCCAGGCGCGACGCCCUUGUCGCCCUUGUCGCCACGGUCAUCCGUGACGACAUCUCCAGUUUUGAAAGACAAGCUCGGAUUCGUUUUUGGAAAAGAGAGCGAUAGUGCCUUUGAGUUUAGCACGGAAACCGAGCCUUGA